AUGGCCUACGAGCGCUUUAUUUCACCGGGUCCUAGCGUCGCAACCCUAUGGACUCGAUAUUAUUUUAGCUUGAAGGCCCAUGCUCUUAUUGGGGACAUCCUGGAUCUUGACGAGGAGAAAGACGCAGCGAAGCUCCUGGAUGGGAACAUAAAUACUGUAUGGUGCGCAGCUAUACUAUAUCAAUUCUGCUGGGAUAAGCAAGUCAAUGCAUGCAAGCGGCCCUUGAGAUACUCGAAAGGGCACGGGAGUAUUGUCGUGAGUUAUUAG